GCCCUCUUCACGUGAUGGGAUCUCGUGACGCGCGCGCUACCUUUAAAAGGGUCCCCGCGGGGAACUUUUUUGGUUCCGGCUCCGCUGUAGUGAAUUGCUGCUUGGUGCUGCCGCUGCCGCCUCACCACCACCACCCCCCCGGCUCGGACUUAACGCAACGGUGCGCGUGGACGCCUCUCACGGGUCUGGUGCUCUCCACCGCUGGAGGGGAAGGCCGUGGGGAAGGGGUCCCUGGGGACUCGAGUGAGGCCGUGGUUCCUGGGCACCCUGGCGGUCGCCGCAUCAUCGGUGGUACUGUGGCUGUGGUGUCCGCGGACGAUGGCCAUGCUCUGGUUUACUACGCUGAUGGUGCUGGGGACUGCGGAGUAUGCAGCCGCCACUGUGACUGUCAGCGCCCCCGAGGAGGUCGUCCUGACCAACGGAAGCUCCUUGAACGUGACCCUGACACUGAGUGGAGCACUCGCGAGAAGUGUGGUUCUCACGUUCAACAUCACGCAGCACUCUGAGAACGUGACCAUUGUGGAGCUGCCUGACAGCGUGAUGUUGCCUGCACACUCGCGGCUGGUGCCGUUCCUCGUGAAGGCCGUCGCCGUGGGUCAGGUCACCACUCAUCUCCAUGGCAACUCCUCCCAGAUCGCCAGGGUGGACGCCGUGCGGAUUCGCUUCCAGGUGAUCCGCAGUGAGGCUCUGCGCCUCCUUGACGUUGUGAUUGGCUGGCUCUACUUCGUGGCGUGGUCCAUCUCCUUCUACCCACAGAUCCUGGAGAAUUACCGGCGCAAGAGCGUCGUUGGACUCAACUUUGACUUCCUGGCACUGAAUCUCACGGGCUUCGUGGCGUACAGCCUCUUCAACAUCGGCAUGCUGUGGAUUCCCACUGUCAAGGAGGAGUACCUGGUGCAGUACCCGGACGGAGUGAACCCCGUGAGCCUCAAUGACGCGGGGUUCAGUCUCCAUGCCAUCUUCGCGUGCCUCGUUGUCAUCACGCAGUGCGUCAUCUACGAGCGUGGAGGCCAGCACGUGUCGGUGCCAGCCUGGGUGCUGCAGGCCGCCGCGUGGCUCUUCGCGCUCGCCUACCUCAUCUCGGCGGCCGUGCACGCCGUCUCCUGGCUGCAGUUCCUCAACGGCUUCUCCUACAUCAAGCUCGUCAUCACGCUCGUCAAGUACAUGCCCCAGGCGUACAUGAACUACCAGCGCAAGAGCACGGAGGGCUGGAGCAUCGGCAACGUGCUGCUCGAUCUGACGGGCGGCACGCUCAGCCUCGCGCAGAUGUUCAUCAGGUCCUACAACAACGACGAGUGGACUCUGAUCUUCGGCGACUUCACCAAGUUCGGCCUGGGCCUGUUCUCCGUGCUCUUUGACUUGCUGUUCAUCGUGCAGCACUACUGCCUGUACCGGCGUCAGCCUGGCUACCGGCUCAUUCACAGCGACACGCCCGACGACAACAGCUACCCCAAGUGACGGCCGCUCGCUCAACUCGCUUGCUCGGCCGGCCGGUCAGCCGGCCAGCCAGCCACUUCUGCUCACCCGCCAUGAGCCCUGUUACGUCGAUUUUAAAGAGGGGACAUGCACCAACUCACAAUGGG